AUGGCUUCUUCCUCUCCACGCCGUUAUUCCGCCCUCUCCUUCUUGUUCCCCCUGUUCUUCACCCUGUUGGCUGCCGCCGUUGCCUUCCCGGUGACGUCGGAGUUCGAACUCGGGCCGCAAAAUCGAACAUACUUCCGCGUCUACUUCCACGAGACCUUCAUCGGCCCCGACAACACCACCUUGAACGUGGUGAAGAAGAACCGCCCCAAUGGCUUCGGCGACGUCUUCGUCUUCGACACGGUGCUGAGGGUCGGCCCCGAGGCGAACUCCACUUACGUCGGGAAGGCGCAGGGAGUGACCUUCGGGGUCUCGCGGCGGGACGUAUCGCUGCUGAUCCCGCUGUCGUUGGUGUUCACCGAAGGGGAGUUCGCCAACAGCACGCUCACGAUAAUAGGAAAGAUGGACGGGGCCGGAAAGGCGGACCGGGCCAUCAUCGGAGGGACGGGUCGGUUCCGGUUCGCCUGGGGCAACGCGGUCAGCGAGGUGAUCUCCAGCUCGGCCGAGGGGCUCAUCGCCGUGUUCGACGUCUACGUCGUCCACCACGCCGGCGUUCGUCCCUAUCCGUGA